AUGGCUGACACCGGACUGCGUAUGAAUUUCGCUGCCUUAAAGAGGGCAGAUCCUUACGCUAGAGAAAUAAUCGACAGUGCUACCCACGUUGCGCUUUAUACAUUCGAAGAGAACGAAUGGGAGAAAACUAACAUCGAGGGUGCUUUGUUUGUGUAUAGUAGAAAUGGUGAACCAUACCAUAGUUUAGUGAUUAUGAACAGAUUGAGUACGAAUAACCUAAUCGAACCAGUGUCGAAAGGAAUAGAAUUACAAUUGAAGGAACCGUUCCUUUUGUAUCGCAAUGCCAAGUGUCGUAUUUACGGCAUAUGGUUUUACGAUAAAGACGAGUGCGUUAGAGUUGCGACUAAACUAAAUUCUUUGAUAAAAGAGUCGCUGAAACCAGUACCUGGCGAAAAUAUGCCACAGAAUCCAGUUUAUGGUACAUCAACGCCUGCAGCUGCCCCGGUUGACAUAUUCAGCAUGUUGAGUAAGGCCCAGGAUGAUUUUAAUUCGAAUAAAGGUCUAGCAGCUAACAAAUGUGAUUCAACACCAUCUCGUGCGCCUGAUAUGACAUCGCAAAGUGUUAUGGAUUUCUUUGCGAAGGCUGGAAGUGGUGCUGCUGCUGCACAGAUGCCGGCGGUGUCGUCGUUACCUUCGCCGGGUAUUUUCGGGCCGCGUCCGACCGACGCGCGGGAGGUACCCCAACUGCUGCAGAGGCUCAUGAGUAAUCCGGCACACUCAGUGGAACAUAUAGAGAAGCAGCAACGCUCUGUGACACCUCAGGAGGCCCAAAGUUCUAAUGGCAACAUGAGCAUGGAUUCAUCGAUAAGACAAAAUUGUGGGUUCCCAUUAAAAUCGACUCCCAUCGAGAAACCAAAUCAGCAAAGGAUAUCAGGUAUGAAGAAAGGACAGAUGGAUUCAACUGACACCAAUGGAAUUAUACCACUGGAGAGCGAGUUGAAUUUGAUGCAUAUAUCUUCACCCAAGCCUACAUCUCCGCUAGCUACCUACCUGAAUCAAUCACAGGACAUCAGCCACACGGUAAGCUCUUUUAAUGGUAGCAAAUUGGAAGAGAUUGGAAUGUAUCCUAUGAUUGACUCUGUGUCAACUCAGCAGAAACCGGCGUUGAUGCCACCUACGAUGUUCACUGCAAGCACUGGUGGAGAUGUCCAGCCCUCGCCUGAGCCACUCACUAGGAACCAGCUCCUUCAAGCUUUCAAUUAUCUGCUGAAACAUGAUGCUGAUUUUGUGAACAAAUUGCAUGAGGCUUAUGUAAAAUCUUUUUCAGAAAAGGCAUUCUCUGUGUCAUAA